CUUAAACAAAGUGAUACGUGAAAAAAAUGAAAAAUGAUCACAUCUACUGAUUUACCAAAUUCUGCAAUCCGCCGUUUCUGACACACCCCAAUUUACCCUUUCGAUCUUCUCGAUCCUUUCCCCACACAGUCUCCUCCUCCCGAAAUGAGUCGGAAGCAGAACGGCUCCGGGCCCACCAAGUGGGCAUCCAUGGCCCUCCUCAUCAUGGGUCUCGUUUCCUGCAUCGUCGUCUACGCUUUCAUCUCCGCCGCCCUCACGCCCGGCGCCGCAAAGAUCGAGUCUUUGGAGGAGGAGACCGGCGAGGGGAUCGAGGGGUGUUGCAGAGGGGUCGAGAAUUUGGAGCUUUGGGGCCCCGCCGUGAACUGGGGUGCCGAUUUCAAGCUCAAUUCCUCGGCGGAGUGCUGCCGAGCUUGCCGGGCUAUGUGUGUAGCGGCGAGUCCGGGCCUUGUCUCUGUGAUACCUGGGUGUUCUGUGGACACCGGGAAGCUUGUGGGUCUAAAUUUGGCGAGUGCUGGCUGAAGAAACAGCAAGAUACCUUCAGACCGGAUCGUCAAGAAGCAGGAAACAAGAUCAUGUGGACUUCCGGCAUUAUUUUCGGGA